UUCGUUCAGUUGUUCCUGGUCUCGUCGUCAGGCAGGCGCAGGCAGACAAGGCAAUAUACCAAUUCACACUUUAGUUCUUUCUACCGGUAUACUAAAACACACGAACCACUACAUCAUUUCCUCAUCCUCCUACUACUAGUGCCACUACAACUACUACUACAGCUGCUACUCCUCGCCUUCAGAGCUCCCUUAACACUGACUCUCAGUCGGCGCUCUCUGUUGUCUGCUGUGUUAGCUCUUCACCUCAUCCUCUCUUUCGCUCUCUAUCUCUAGCACUCUCACUGCUCUCCCUUCUCUCGCUCCACAGCUCCUCCCUCUCUCUCGGCUAGCCCGGAGGCGAGGUGCCGAGGAGUUUUUGUUGCGGGGCAUCUGCGGGAUGGUGGUCUAGGAGGCGUUUCUUGAUAUCACAGGAGCUGGCAGCGGAAGUGGUGACAGUUGUUGAAGCGCGCAAGUCUCAGGGUCAAUCGGUCGAUUGGAGCGCAGCCGGAGAUUUUGGUCGGGCGAUUGUCGUCGACUUGAAACCAGAGGAGGCGCGUGCGUAUUGUAAGCGUGGAGCCAGAUUUUUUUGGGCAUUUGAAUUCCAGGCCCUUUUUAUGCGAAGCGAAGAGGCGGGUUGAGGGACCCCGGUUCCGGUCGCGAGCUUCAGCAGCAGCAUCAGUAGUUUGUGAGGGUGGCUCGUGGAGACGCUUGCUUGGCCAUUCGCCCGCGGGCCUGUGACGGAGCUUGCGAAUCGACGACGACUGUCGUUCGGCAGGUUGUUGGGACUAUCAGAAACCAGUCAUGCCGACCCUUUCAGUGAAGAAGGAGCUCAAUGUGUCGGCAGAGAGGUGUUGGGCCGCUCUUAAGGAUCUGCCUAAUGUCCUACCAAAAAUUAUGCCUCUAUUCAUGGUCUCCGUCGAGAUGAUCAAGGGCACAGGGGGCGUCGGAAGCGUUCGAGUCAUCAAGAUACCCACCGGAAUGAGGAUUGUGGAAUACGCGGUGGCGAGGAUUGAUCUGGUUGACGAGAAGAGCAAGACCGAGGUGCACUCCAUAAUAGGAGGAGAAAUGAGGGAGAAAUUUUACUCAUUUUACAGGUGCACCAAGACGUUCGCACCUCACAGAGACGGGAAGACGUCCAUGGUCACAUGGACGGUGGAGUAUGAACCGCUCACGCAGGGCAAGGCAGAGGCGUCGAAGAAGGCCGUGGAGGCGAUUUUGACGCAGCUGGAGCACUACCUGAUGAAUUGCGAUGACUACAUCACGAUCCGGUAGAGCGCUCGGCUUUCCCUGUCCUAGACCGUGUGUUGUAUAGUCUCCUGCGCAGUCUAGGGUAACGAGGGGCGUUACGCUGGAACUCCCACGAAAGGCUGAGGGUUUCGGUGCAAUCGACCUGUCUGUCUGUACACUCACGCAUCGGCUUUAAGGUCCCCUGUCCUGAUUAUGUGACUCUACUGUAACAUCCGCUCUUCCGGAGGCUUCUCUUCCACUUUUGGUUCCAUCCUCAACCGCCAUCGCUUCAUCGCAGCACUGGCCCUACGUAUGUACGUCAAGUGGAUUUCCUCGUUGCUGGGCUCGCCGUCCCUCAUACUCUACUUUCUGCCAUAGCCUCCGAGCUCGUGAUGUACACUUUUGAGCAACAGGUAUCAGCGAGAUGGAAGUCGACUGUAAUUCUCUGAAUCAACUUUCACAGUCGAAGAGAUUGCGCUCCACGCUCCCCGGGCACAUCUUCAGGGAAGCUUCUGUAACAUUACACAGCCUGACGAUAUCCUUCAAACCCAUCUCAACCCAGCUCCCCGACCCGACUCCCUUCCUCCCAGCCGCCAUAUGUGUCUGGUCUGCCGACCAAUUCUGGCUGGUGGUAGAGUGAAGAAACUGUCCCGUCUUCUUCUUGUUUUCCUGGCAGGCAGCCUCAUUUGCCACCAUUCAGCAUCGAUGAGGAGAUGGUGAUGAUCAUGUGCGAGCACCAAAGAAGGCGGGUUUUUUCUUGCGAGCGCCAGCACACCGUUUCGUGUAUACUACCUCUGUCCGAAUCUUCUCUCUGCCUGCGGGUUUUCAUGACCUUUGGCUCUCACCGACGUUGUCACAGUCAUCUCAACUCGACUCAACUCAAGCAACCAAGCGGAGCGGUUUUCCAGGAAUGUCAGCAGAUUGCAGCACCACCCACUACCGAUCAAUCUAUAAGCUCAAGGGGCGCUCGAAUUUGAGGAUCUGCGUCCCCGUAUUGCCCAUGUGUUUGCACCGGCACUGAAAGCUGCUGGGAAUUAUGAAGAGAGUAUGUAAUGUGGGUCGCCGGGCUGGCAUGGCAAGCGAUUGGUGCCCGAGUGGGUGUCUAGUUCGUUCUUGCCAACCCACCACGACUGGCCUGGCUCAUCAUCAUCAUCAACUUGCGGAGUAAUGUGGCACUGACUCUUUAUCAUGUCGACCUUUUUCUUGCCUGCUGCCACUCAUGAGUUAUACGUUCACGCUGAAGUCAAGCUCCCAUACGUUUCGCCACGCGGAUGCUACCCGGUCGCGUCCCUUCACCCCCUCUUCUCCCCCCUACCCACACUCUCGACCCGCUUGACCCAGUUUGACGGUGACGUUGGAAUUUUAUCGCUCGAGAAAUUUGCUUUGUUUACGGGGCGAUGGUCGAUCUUUUCAUUGUUACGUUCAUAUGAAGCCCUUGCAGUCGCGGUUCCAGUCUACGCCGAAGAAAGGGUCAAGUUCAUUCUCAGUGAUGCUCCCUCUAAACCUCGUGCUUUGCACUCGACCCGAAGCCGCGUGAUCUGCCCUUGACCCGAGUCUUUAACCUUUCAUGGGGCUCCUCCUUCUGCAACGAAGGCACCACUGUACGAUUGGGACUGGAAGGGAUAAGGAUCGAGCUUGGGGAAGUACGAGACACAGCGGAGCGGGCGUCUGAGUGUAGGUGUUGCCAUAUCUCGUCCCUCCUUCCCUCACCUCCUCUCUUCUCAAUAACGUGCCCACUCAGAAUAGAGUAGGAAACUUUUCGUUAGUUUCACUGUAUCUCAUCUCUCGGAUCCAGUUUGGACUCGAGAGGGAAAGGCAGGUAUAGAUGAAUCUGGGAUAGUGUGAACCUCCUCCCUACAUCCCACCGAGACACGCCUUCUCAUAGAUACGACAGUGCGUGGACCUCUGGAUAGAAACGCCUAUUCAUCAGCAGAGUUUUGGAGCAGGGAUAUCGUUCACGCGUGCGUGCUGGCUCUUGCACUGUUCUGCGCGGUGGCAAUGUAGUGCAGACAUGGCAGUUGAUUCUUAAUUUCUAGCGUGCUUUAGCUUUGCUGUGUAUGCUGCUGUAAUGUAAAGCGAAAACCAUUUUUUCAAAUCAGGCAGAAACAUGACUUGCUCGCUCGCCGGCUCGCCCGUGCUUGCACUGCACAUCAUAGC